AUGGGCCCGACCUCCGCCGUUGAAGACAGCGAGCCGCGCCGCAGCUUGGACGCGGAGCUGGGGCGCCGCCUGUCGCAGCUCUCGGACAGCGCCAAGUUCGCCGUGACACUCAACGAGAUCCAGCGCGUGGCCAUCCGCGGCGUGUACGACAGCCCCGAGCACGACGGCGCCACCAUGUACGUGGUGGACCGGCGGCUGCUGCACGAGCAGGACCAAGAGCGGCCCGAAUGCCGCGCGCAGCGCCGCUACUCGGACUUCCGCGCGCUGCGCCGCCAGAUCUGCGAGGUCGUGGACGUCGCGGACGACCAGAUGCACCCCGUGUGGUGCUCGUACUGCUGCCGUGUGCUGUGGCUCGCGACGUACGGCGGCUUCCCGUCGCGCGUCCCGAACCGGGGCGUCGUCGCCACCUGCACGGGCUGGCAUCGCCUCGUGACGCGCAGCCGCAAGCACAAGCUCGAGCACUUCAUCAACGAGCUGCUGGCCGCCGCCAAGGACGAGUCCUAUCGCCACGGCAGCGCGCAGUGCCAGCGCUUCGUCACGGUCUCGCAGCUGCUGCAGGCGUUCCUGCUGGAGCCACACGCGCAGGCCUCGUAG